CUGUGAUGGUACGUAGGCAGUGGGAGGAGCGACGUGCGUUGAAUAUUGCGCAUGCGUAUUAGUGUACCGGCGACAUAAACGGUGGCCUAGCGAAGAAGGGAUUACAGAGCCCGAUUUGACAGGCUACACAAUGAGUCAGGGUAAGGACAAUGCACGACUUAAGAGCUACAAGAACAAGUCUCUCAACACAGAUGAGAUGCGAAGGCGGAGGGAAGAGGAAGGUCUACAGCUAAGGAAACAGAAGAAAGAUGAACAGCUGUUUAAGAGAAGAAAUGUUGCCACAGUGGAAGAUGAUGGGACAUUGGAGGAAGAUGGAAUGGUUGACAGCGGUUACCUGGAGUCCCAGGUUAACAACAUGGACCCACUCGUGGGUGGGGUAAUCUCUGAAGAUAUGACACAGAUGAUCUUUUCCAGUUCUCCUGAGCAGCAGCUAAUAGGCACUCAGCGCUUUAGGAAACUCCUCUCGAAAGAGCCCAACCCACCCAUUGAUGAAGUCAUUGCUACACCAGGGGUGGUGGCUUGCUUUGUUGAGUUUCUGAAAAGGAGAGAAAACUGCACGUUGCAGUUUGAAGCUGCUUGGGUAUUGACCAACAUUGCAUCAGGUACAUCUCACCAAACACGGGUGGUCAUCCAGGCAGGAGCUGUGCCCAUAUUCAUAGAGAUGCUCAGCUCAGACUUUGAAGAUGUGCAAGAGCAAGCAGUGUGGGCUCUGGGAAAUAUAGCAGGAGACAGCACAGAAUGCAGGGACUUUGUCAUAGACUGUAACAUUCUACCUUCUCUGUUGCAGUUACUGGCCAAACAGAAUCGCCUGACAAUGAUGAGAAAUGCAGUGUGGGCCCUGUCCAACCUGUGCAGAGGGAAAAACCCACCUCCUGACUUUAGUAAGGUGUCCCCAUGUCUCAGUGUGCUGUCCUGGCUGCUCUUUGUCAAUGACACUGACAUCCUGGCGGAUGCAUGCUGGGCGCUCUCCUACCUUUCUGAUGGCCCCAAUGACAAAAUCCAGGCCGUUAUUGACUCCGGAGUCUGUCGCAGGCUGGUGGAAUUACUGAUGCACUCGGACUAUAAGGUUGUAUCCCCUGCGUUGCGAGCUGUCGGUAACAUCGUCACUGGAGAUGAUCUACAGACACAGGUGAUCCUGAACUGCUCAGCGUUGCAGUCCCUGUUACACCUCCUGAGCAGCCCCAAGGAAUCCAUCAAGAAAGAGGCUUGUUGGACGAUCUCCAAUAUCACUGCAGGGAACCGAGCACAAAUACAGAUGGUAAUAGAUGCAGGUCUGCUUCCUCCUCUGAUCAAUAUCCUGCAAGUAGCAGAGUUUCGCACAAGAAAGGAGGCUGCAUGGGCCAUUACCAAUGCCACCUCUGGGGGCUCUAGUGAGCAAAUUAGGCACCUAGUUGAACUGAACUGCAUAAAACCACUGUGUGACCUGCUCACACUUAUGGACUCCAAAAUAGUCCAGGUUGCUCUUAACGGCCUUGAGAACAUCCUGAGACUGGGAGAACUGGAAGCCAAGAUAGGAGGAGGCAUCAAUCCUUAUUGUGCCCUCAUUGAAGAGGCUUAUGGUUUGGACAAGCUGGAGUUCCUGCAGGGUCAUGAGAACCAGGAAAUCUACCAGAAAGCCUUUGAUCUGAUUGAGCGCUACUUCAACAGCGAUGACGAGGAUGCGUCCCUGGCCCCUGCCGUGGACCUGCAGCAGCAGCAGUUCCUCUUCCAGCAGUGUGAGGCCCCGAUGGAGGGUUUCCAGCUAUAACACCUCAUCCUCCCUCCUUGUUCCACCUUCAUACUCACCACUGCUCAUUUUCUCUUGCUCUCUUCCCACUGAUCAAGGGCGGAUGACAACCCCUGUUGAUCGGCUUGUAAUCAUGAUAAUGUUACCAUUACAGUAGCACAUACAGUGUGAGCAUAUGUCCGACGUGGGUCGGGUUUUGCAGUCUUGUCAGCCAGUCACUCAUUCAAGGCUCAACUCAAUGUCUGGAUUCCUCCACACCCAGAGUCCUCCAGUCUGCCCACCCCGCAGCAUCUCAAGACUAGAUUUUUCCCUGCAGCACCUUCCUCAAUUCUUUUUCUGCAUUCCGACCUCAGUUCAUCUGAAAUACAAAGGCUUUUGUCUAUGUUCAGAAGGGAGUGUUGUUCCCCAUCUCUGGUUCAGUGGGAGUUCUAGGACCGCUCUGCUUGUCUGAUUGAUGAAUCAAUGACUUACAAGACAAACAAUCACAGACGCUUUUUUUUUUUUACCCACCUACAAGUGUUCUCACCUAAACACUGGACUGACCAUGAGACGUUGACCGCACAACAGUGGUCACUGGACUGAACUGCCCACUGCAGAAUUAAGUGGCCAGUCCCAGCCCCUGAGACAAAACUGACUAAAAAGCACUUGGAUGACUCUCAACAAAAAAGGAGAAUUUCCCACAUUCUCUCUCUCUUUCUCCAGCCUUUGGAUUGAAUGACCACAGACUGACAAAUCAGGAACUUAAAAAUGUCACUAAGGGGAGGCGUUUGUCAGCGACAACAGGACAUGCCCUGCUCGUGUUCCAUCCUGGAUCUCAUAUUAUACAUUCCUUUUUUUCCAGAAGUGGACUUUUUCACCUGCAUAGGCCCCAUCCUGAAGAGUUCAGACUGCCUCCUCCCUCUGGUGUGACAUGAAUAAACCCCAUGGAACUAUGGGAUUCGGAGUCUUCCCUCGCA